GCCAAGCUCAUCUCAAUCCGCGCGCGCCUUUAGGCUCUUCAGGUUUCAGUAAUGAACACUGAACAGGGUGGUUCAUACAUAUGCAAUGCUCCUGGCUGCGCUCAGCGUUUCUCUAGAGAAGAUCACCUGAUCAUACACAGACACAAGCAUGAGAUGACCCUUAAAUUCCCCUCAAUCAGGUGUGACAACCCACUGUCAGAUCAGACUCCGACUCCAACACGCUUCCUAAGAAACUGUGAAGAGGUGGGGCUGUUUAGUGACCUUGAGCUAGAUCAGACAUCAGAAGAAGAGGAAGAAGACAUCAAACAGAGUUUUGCAGUUCAGAAUUCACUGACUUCAAGACAGAGUGACUGUCAAGUGUUCCAGCAGCAGCAGCAGCAACGACAAUGUGCCCUAGAUCAGCUCCAUGAAAACCAUCUCCAUGCACAGAGCUCUCACGCUUCUUCUCACUGUUCUGUGGCACGCCACUCCACCCACAGCACCCCCAACACACAUUCAGCAGCAGGCUGUCUCUACAACCAGCAACAGCUUCCUGCACCUUGUGCUAUGCAAGCAGCUUCUACAAUGCACAUGAACUCCCAAUUAACAAUGGACUCCAGCAUGCCUGGAAUUCCUGGGCCCACUCACUCUGGAUCAUGCCUAACACUUCAGAGGUUAAAGGUCAUGCCAUGUCAGACACACCCAGUGGUUUCCAGUGGGAACUCAAAUGCCAUGGAUCACAUGACAGAGAUGAUGUCAGCACCAGCUCCACAACAUUCAAGAGGGGUGUUACCGUUGACACAUAUGUCAUCUCCUCCUCAUCAUUCGUAUCAGCAACAAUGUCCUGGCCAAUCACAGCAAAGGCAUGCACAUCAUCAUCAUCAUCAUCAUCAAAGUCCUGAGCAUCAUUCGCAUAGCUGUGCCCACCAUUCUCCCCCUGCACACCAACACCCAGGCCCUGCCAAUCCACCUGCCAGCCACAUGGCACAUCACCCAAGUCCUUCACAGAUUUCUCCAGUUCCUAAAAACACAGCGUGUGUACAUUCUCCUCCCCAGUCAAGUGGGGGAAAACGCAGGAGGACAGCGGAUGAUGAUCCAGAUGAGCGCAGGCGGAAGUUUCUGGAAAGAAAUAGGGCAGCCGCCACUCGCUGCAGACAGAAGAGAAAAGUCUGGGUGACAUCACUGGAAAAGAAAGCAGAGGAACUCACACACACAAACCUGCAGUUACAAAAUGAAGUAACACUGCUCAAGUCAGAGGUUAUUCAACUAAAGCAGCUUCUUUUGGCUCAUAAAGACUGCCCUGUUACUGAGAGACAACAAGUAACACAAGCGGCAGUGCAUAGCUCAUGAAGAAAGUCCUGUUUCGUGAGCUGGCUUGGUGGGAGUAUAAGGUGUGUGAUAGGCUGUCUGCACAUAUAUCCCUCAUUGCUGUCAUGGGUGAAAGUACCAUGGGUAAAAUUGUGUUUCCAGGGGCGGAUGGAAUCUUCCAGCAAGACAAUGCGACAUGUCACAUGGCUAAAAAUGUCCAACUCUGGUUGGAAGAGCAUGACCAAGACUUCCAAGUACUACCCUGGCCCCCUAAUUACCCAGACUUGAACUCAAUUGAGCACCUAUGGGACCACCUCGAUCGUCGUGUUCGCUCUAUGGAUCCUCCCCCACACACCCUCCAGCAGCUGUGAGAUGCACUGCAGUCAGCAUGGCUCCAGAUACCUGUGACAACCUACGAGGACCUUAUUGAGUUAGCCCGUCUAGCUGCUGUCCGUGCUGCACACGGUGGAUAUUAGCUGGUGGUCAUAAUAAUGUGACUCAGCUGUGUAUUUGGGAGCACCUGCUUUACUUUGAGUGUACUCAACACAUUUUCUGGCAUUUAUACCAUAGCUACACACACUACUAUAGUAGUUCCAUAUGGUUCCAUUUUUAUGUGACACUGCUGUGCCAGAGGUAGUCUAUCUCCUAACCAUAACAACAUUCAGUCAGCGUUUAAUACAUUGCCCUACAA